AUGGGCCCCCUCUACACCGCCCUCGUCCUACUCCCGACCCUCUGGAUAGCCUCCCACCUCCGGUCUCUCUACAACAACUACCGCGCCGCCCUCCUCACAGGCCUCCCCAUCAUCAUUUGCCCCUUUGACCCAGAGAGCUUCAUCAUCGCCAUCUUCUCCGUGCCCGCCCGGCCGCUCCUCAAGCGCGUCCUCCCGGCCCGCGCCUUCGCCGCCGUCGAGCUCACCAUCUUCGGCUGGGAGUUCCGCGACAAGGCCGCCGUGCACGCCCGCGUCGGCCCGGCCUUCGUCGUCGUCACGACGGGGCUGAACCAGCUCAUGUGCGCCGACCCGGCCAUGGCCCACGCCAUCCUCGCCCGCCGCCGCGAGUUCGUGCAGCCGGCCAUCUCCAUCAAGGUUAUGAGUUUUUUGGGCAUGAACAUCCUGACGUCCAACGGCGAGUCCUGGUCCCGCCAACGCCGCAUCGUCGCCCCGGCCCUCAACGAGCGCAUCAGCCCGGACGUCUGGAGGGAGACGGCAGAACAAGCGACCUUCCUCGUCGACCUCUUGCUGUCCCCACCGUCCUCGCCCUCCUCCUGUUCCUCCUCCGAACCGUCACCCCCGCACACGCCCGGCACCUCCGACACCAUCCCCGGCCUCCGCUCCGUCGCCAUCAACGUCCUCACCCGCAUCGCCUACGGCCACCGCAAGCCCUUCGCCCUCCCCUCCCUCCCGCGCGACCCGCGCGCGCCCAUGUCCUACGUCGACGCCAUCUCCCUCGUCACCCAGCUCCUCGUCCCCUCCGCCUUCGUCCCCGCCUGGCUCCUCCGCCUGCCCGUCAUGCCGCGCCUGCUGCGCACCCUCGGCGCCGCCCUCGCGAGGAUGCCCGCGCUGACGGCGGACAUGCUCGACCAGGAGCGCCGGCGGGCCGCGGAGCAGCAGCAGCAGCAACAGCAGGAUACGACGGCCACGGGGGGAAACCACGCGCCGGACACCAUCAUGAGCAUGCUCGUCCGCCUCUCGGACCAGGAGAAGAAGAGCCAGGCCGCCGCCGCCUCCGCCUCGGGGGACAAAAAGACCGCAGCGGCCACCGCGAACAAGACGUACCUCACCGAGGACGAGAUCGCCGGCAACCUCUUCAUCUUCACGGCCGCCGGCUUCGACACGACGGCCAACACGCUCGCCUACGCCGUCACCCUCCUCGCCGCCCACCCGGAAUGGCAGGCCUGGAUCCGCGCCGAGAUCGACGCCGUCCUGGGUCCGCCGGGGACCCAAGACGACGACGACGAUGACGGAAAACAUGAGGAGUUGCCGGACUACGCUACGGCAUUCCCGAAACUGACGCGGUGUCUCGCCGUCAUGUAUGAGACCCUACGUCUCUUUCCGCCCCUGACCCAUCUCAUGCGCUCCAACGAGACAACCCAAACAAUGUUCUACCAUUCCACCACCGACACGUCAUCAUCAUCAUCACCAUCAUCUUUCACCCUACGCGCCCCCUGCGCCAUCUACAUCAACACCGUCGCCCUGCACACCUCCCCCUCGACCUGGGGUCCAGACGCCCUCACAUUCAACCCAGCCCGCUGGCUCCAGCCCUCCGUCUCAGGAGACAACGACAGCGAGGCACCGCAGCAACAGCAGCAACAGCACCUCAUGACCCCGCCGCGCGGCGCCUUCCUCCCCUGGUCCGGUGGCCCCCGCGUGUGUCCGGGCCAGAAAAUGUCCCAGGUCGAGUUCGUCACCGUCAUCGCCACGCUCUUCCGCCGGUGCGCCGCCGAACCCGUCCCGAGGGAAGGGGAGAGCAUGCCGCAAGCGAGGCAGCGGCUGUUGGACCUGACGCAGGACAGCCAGCCCAUUCUAACGCUGCAGAUGAACCGCCCUCAGGAUGUGCGUCUGAGGUGGUCGAAGAGGUAG